UUCAAAUUUUACGGUUUACUUAUACCCGAAAUAAAAGAUGAAAUGUAAAUUUUUGGCUCAACUUUGACAGCUCAUAGCUCGAAAACAAAAGAGUUGCGACCCUAUGUUUAUAUAAAAAACUUGCGUUAUUUUGGCAAGUACUACGUCCUAGUAAAGUUUCCCGAUUAAAAACUGAACCAUCCUGUAUAUACAUACCAUACUGUAACCAUACUGUAUAUACAUCAACCACGGUUAAUCAGAACCCCGGCUAAAUGGUUCACGGAUAAUCGGCAUUUUACUGUAUUUAAAAUAUUUUUUAACUUAAAAUGUGUAUUAGAGCGUAAUCUAUCUAAAGAAGUCGAUAUGUUGCCAAAGUCUCUAUUAUUAAUCUCUAAAUUCCAAUAUUUGUAGAAAAAAUGUAGAAAAGCCAAAAAAUUUACAUAAUUCCUAAACUAUUCUACUUAAUAAUGCAUUUCAAUACGCACGUUUAUGUGGCAGUCACCCUGUAUAAUAAAUAAUCGCAAAAUUUAAAUAUUUAUCUAAGAAAUUCUUUUGAACGUUUGUUCUAAAUUCUAAUUUUAACCGCUCGUGGUGUGUACGUGCCUUAAAAACGGAUCUAAUUGAAAGUGUCAAUUUAUACAAAAUAAAAUGUGCUUUCCAAUUAUUGGAUUUACGAAAACGAAGCGAUAACUUUAAGAAUAAUAAAAAAAAAGUUUCAAAUGAAAACAGAGAGAUAACGAGAACACGAUUCGGGAUCCGGUCAAAGUAUCACGCGUUUCGACGCCGCUUCAAACAUACACCUUAUAAUGGUUCGCCUUGGCGGUUAAUUCAAAAAAAACAAACAAUUAGUUUAAGUGAAAAAUUUAGUAAAUUUAAAUGUACAAACCGAAAUAUCUCUUUAAAAAUGUUAUCUCAGGAAGAAAUUCAACAUAUUCUUAUAGUAAUACGUCUAAUUUAAAGGAUUAUGGUAAUGCUUUAAUUGUUUCAAAGUUAUCCGGUUAUGAAUUUGAGAGGCACCGGAACAGUGACAUGACUCCGGAUGAUCUUCGCCAGAAAUUAAUUCGGCGAGGAACCGAUUUUGAUAGAUUAAUUAAAAGUCAUGAUAAUCAUAAAAAAUAUGAAAGUGAUAUGGUUCAAAGUCUUGAAAAAUCAGGAUUUAAAGUGAAAGUAGUGAACAG